UGGCAAUAAUCGUUUGCGCGUUUUGCACCGGCCCACAGCAGUUGCGAGGGACAGUAAGGUGUUUGUACUUGUGAGAAGCGAUACUGUAGGAUAUGACAGUUAUGAUGUUAUUUGGGAGAAAGGUGACUGGGACAUUCAACUGGUUGAGGGUAUGGUCACGCAGUCCACGGACGGCGUGCAGAGUACACUGAUCAACUGGGCUGAACCCAGGUCGCUUUCACAACAGAUCCCCAAACACACUAAAUAUGAAUUGAGGGAACUUUUGACUGCUGGUGGCUCAGGCAUUGUGUUGCAGAAUGGCACGCUUGUGUUUCCCCUGGUGGUGGCGAAUGGGAAAAAUCACCCUUUCUCCAUGAUCACUUAUUUGACGGACAAUGGCAACAACUGGGUGUUCCCAGAGAGCAUUUCUCCUGUAGAAUGCCUUAAUCCUCGCAUCACCGAAUGGGAGACGGGACAGAUUCUCAUGAUUGCUGAAUGUUUUGAAGGCCAGAGGGUGUACGAGUCGCGUGAUAUGGGGACAACGUGGACGGAGGCUGUCAGAACACUCCCAGGCGUGUGGACCAAGUCAAAAUCAGGAGCUCCCUGGGACAAAAGUUUGCACGUGGAUGCCCUCAUCACCGCAACCAUUGAGGGAAGGAAGGUCAUGCUGUACACUCAGAGAGGGUACGCCUUGGAGAAGGAAAGGGCCAAUGCACUCUACCUUUGGGUCACGGACAACAACCGCACGUUUUCUGUUGGACCGGUUGGCAUUGACAAUGCUAUGGGUGAGACGCUCGAAAACGCACUGCUGUACUCGGAUGGCAAUUUGCAUCUUUUACAACAGAGGGACAGCGAUAAAGGCAGUGCCAUUUCACUUUCCCGCCUGACGGAGGAGCUGAAGACGAUCAAGUCCGUCCUCAGUACUUGGUCGCAAAAGGACGCCUUCUUCUCCAACUUGUCUAUACCAACGGCGGGUCUGGUGGCAGUUUUGUCUGAUGCGGCCGGUGAUGGGAGGUGGAACGACGAGUACCUUUGCCUGAAUGCGACGGUGACGAACGCAAAGAAGGUCAGAUAUGGAUUUCAAUUGACGGAGCCUGACUCCAGGGUAUCAUGGUCCGUAAACACUCGGGUUAAUAAUGUGCGUCAUGUAUCCUUGAGCCACAACUUCACACUUGUGGCGUCGGUGACCAUCGAAGAAACUCCGAGUGGAAACACUCCUCUACUGACUGCGACGUUGGCGGACACUAAUUCCAAUCAUACCAUGGGAAUCUUGUAUACCGCGGAUAAAAAGUGGGUGACGAUGUUCAACGACAAGACAACAACACAGAACGGCAGUUGGGAGCCGAAGAAGGGAUACCAGGUGGCGCUUAUGCUGCAAGGCAAAAAGGCUUCUGUGUACAUUGAUGGCAAGUCGCUGGGGGAAGAUGAAGCGCUGUUAACGGGUGAGGCGCCACUUGAGACCCUAGAGUUUUGCUUUGGCGCGUGCGGUGAGGAUGCCGGCCAGAAAACUAAGGUGACGGUGAAGAACGUCUUUCUGUACAACCGCCCACUGAAUCCCACUGAGAUGACCGCAAUCAAGGACAGGAUCCCCGUUCCGACGAGAGCUCCAGAACCACAAGUGAAAAUUGCUCCCAAACCUGUCGCACCUGCUGCACCUGCGGUGCCUGGCCCACGGGAAGUACCAGCAGCACCGGGGAGGACAACUGUGGGGAGAACCGCCAAUACCCAACAUGCGCCAGCGGAACGCUUGACUUCUGCUGGGAAUGAAGGGACGGCACGAGAAAAGGGUGAUGGUGGGGCAAAUGGUGAUGCUGGUUCCGCGUACGGGAGGGUGCUGCUGCCGCUGCUGCUUCUGCUGGGACUGUGGGGCUUUGCGACUGCGUGA